GGAACCCGUACCGGCGGCUGUGUGCGCCAUAGCUGACGGCGGCCAUAGGCGCGAAGGUCGUUGUGUGUGUGUGUGGGGGGGGAGAGAGAGAGAGAGAGAGAGAGACCAUGCCGGACGGGAGUAGGAACAACCCCGCACAGGGAGGAGCCGCCGUUAGCACGGGGACUGCCGACGUGGCGGCCCCGUCAGCCACCACGUCAUCGACGGCGCAUGGCCAAACCGUUCCCCAGAAUGCGGGCGGGCAGGUCGGCGUCGGCGGUGGGGGGGGCGGUGCAGUGACUGAGGAAGGAGGUCAUGGCGGGGGUUGGGGAACCUUGACGCAAGCGGAAGACGGCGGUGGGUGGGGUUUAGCGAGCGAUGGCGGGGGCUGGCCGACUGCGAACGGUUCUGGGUGGGAGCAUGGUGGGCCGGGAUGGGGUCCCGACCCCGUCGAUUGGACGCCCGCCGCCUCUACCAAUAACGGGACCUACCACAGUCCUUUGAGUUCGGGAGAUGAAGGAGGAGAUGGGGGCGGGGGCGGGGGUGGUGGUGACGAGGAGUUAAGGGAGAUUAGAAGAAUGGAAAACGAGCGCAGGGCGAGGGAAGAGCAGGAGAGAUUAGCGAAGGAAGCAGAGACUACGAGGGCGGAAGAGGAUGCCAGGAAGGAAGCGGAGAAGGAGGCACGAUUAGCUAAGAUGAUGAACGAAAGGUGGAGUGAGAUGGAAAAGAAGAGGGAGGAAGAUAAUAAAAAAUUGUGGGAAAAGCUCGAGAAAUGUAAAGGCACAGAGGUGGUUGAAGGAGACAAGGCAAAUGCGGAGAAUGAGAAAAGAGGACAGGACGAAAUGGCUGGAGCUUCCACAGGCCAACCCUCGACCCCUCGACCCCUCGACAGAGGGCCAGUCACUCGGAGCAGGGCACCUCCUCCUCCUGCAAGCAUUCCUGUCCAGGAUAGGCCAGGACCGUCCGAGACACAGACACCGGCUGCUGGCAGGACAACGGGUCGCCUUGCCGAAGUUUUUGCCUCAGUAGCAGGGACAGCGAGACGCAUGUCUGGUAGUCUAUCUGCUGUUGGAUUGGGGACUCCACCGGGUCUGGGGUUUGAUCGUGUUAGAGAAGGGAGGAAAGCUGUGGUGGCCAAUCCAGGACCGGACGGAAGAAGGCAGUAUCGGAAAGAUAUGGAGAAGGAACUGACGGCGAAGUAUAAGCAAGAACUCCUGGAGCUCUGUAACAAAGACAAGAUUAAAUAUCAUAAUAAGAAGCAGGCGGUUGCUGACCUUACCGCAAUACGAGUUCGGGAUGCCUAUGGGGAGGAAGGAGAGGAGGAUGACCAUGUAGAAGAAACAACGGAGGAGACCCAAGAAGAGAACCCUUCUUGAGUCCCAUUAUACCCCUGAUUGGCUAUGGGACCGGAUCCGGAGGAUCCGUGAAAUAAGAAGAAGGAAGGAGCUGCGCGGCGAGAAGAAGCAGUUACUGGAGCAGUACUUGAAACUGUUCUUGUUACUUUUCAUAGUGUUUGGGCAGAUCACAUGGGGAGAGAAAUUUCUCAACCAAUGGCUUGACUCUGUGCGGGGAGGCUAUGAUGUCUGCAAAGGGGAUGGUUGUUGUGUGUAUGUCUUGAUAUCCCCCUGGUUUAGGGCCACAUACAUAGGAUCCACGAGUAGGGGCGUUUCGGAAAGAUGGGAUGAGCAUGUGUUGUCAGGGAUGCACCUUGAGAAUAGACGCAAUCACAAGCUU